GUUAUUUUUGUUUUUUCUUUUCCUUCUGAGAUUCAACUUGAGGACCACGUCACUGGCAAUUUCAGGAGUCUAUGGCCAGGCCGAGCCUGAGCAGAACCAAUGCGGUCUCCUCUUGACACUAAGAUGAUCCUAAUGCUGCUGCUGGGCCUUGGGGGACCCCUGAGCUGGGGGCUGUCAAGUGCCUGGGCCCAGGACCCUGGAGCCAGAUUCUCUGAUCCACACAACCCCAGAUCGUUUGGAGUUUCAGGGGAAGAGGCUGAGGAUGCCAGCCGGGUCCCACUUGGACGGAACUGGUGUGCAUACCAGACGUCCAGGCUGGUCUCCUUCGUAGCUGCUUGCAAAACAGAGAAAUUCUUCAUCCAUUCACAAAGGCCGUGUGCACAGGGGGCUCUAGACUGCCAGAGGGCCAAAAUCAUGUACCGAGUGGCCCACAAGCCUGUGUACCAAGUCAAGCAGAAGGUACUGACCUCCACAGCCUGGAGGUGCUGCCCAGGCUUCCACGGUCCUGACUGCCAGCACCAUGAUCCCACAAUGACCCCUGCACCUGCAGAGCCGAGUGAUGGCCUCCACCAGCCUUGGGACCAACUGGUCGACUUGGAACUUGGUCAUCCUACUUCGGAGCUCAGUGGGAUUGAGGAGCAACAGAAACAACAGGAGCACCUGCUGGGAGACCUCCAGAAUGACAUCCACCAGGCUGCAGAUGGCCUCCAAGGCCUGUGGAGUGCCCUGGCCAGUAACCUCACUGCUGCCACUAUGGAGAUGAAUCAAACGGAGUUUGAGUUUCCUGGCGGGUCUGUGGAGCACAUGUUGCCCUCACACAUGGACCACUACCUAGAAACACACCUCAGCCCCAUCUGGAAGAGCCUCAAUGACAGUCUGCACAGCCUUGUCCGGGCUGUUAGAAAUCUGUCUCUUGAUGUGGAAGCCAAUCGGCAGGCCAUAAAGAGGGUCCAGGAGGACAUGGUGGCCAGAGCAGAUUUCCAGGAGCUUGGAGCCAAGUUUGAGAUGAAGGUACAGGAGAAUAGCCAGAGAGUGGGCUGGCUUGAGCAGGACAUGGCUGAGCGUCUCCACACCCAGCACCAGUCCCUGCACCAUGCCCUCUCUGAGGUCCAGGCUGAAGUGGACACCAAGCUAAAGCGGCUGAUCAAAGCUCAGGAGGUCCUCGGGAUGAACGGCAGCUUGGUGAUGGCAUCCUCAGGGGCAGCAGCAAGAUCUGAACCCGACAGCCUGCAGGCCAGGCUGAGCCAACUGCAGAGGAAUCUGUCUGCUGUGCACGAGGCUGCCAGCCACAGGGAAGAAGAGCUGCAAGACGCCCUCAGGGACAUGAGGGCCACACUGGCCCAGCACGUAGAUGAGAUCAAGGAGCUGUACUCGGAAUCGGAUGAGACGUUUGAUCAGAUCAGCAAGGUGGAGCGGCAGGUGCAAGAGCUGCAGGUGAACCACACUGGCCUGCGAGAGCUCAGGGUGAUCCUGAUGGAGAAGUCCCUUAUCAUGGAGGAGAACAAAGAGGAGCUGGAACGGCAGCUCCUGGAGCUCAACCUCACCCUCCAGCACCUGCAAGGAGGCCAUGCUGAUCUCAUCAAGUAUGUCAAGGACUGUAACUGCCAGAAACUCUAUUAUGACCUGGAUGCGAUCCGCGAGGGCCAGAGGGACGCCACGCGUGUGCUGGAGGAGACUCAGGUGAGCCUGGAUGAGCGGCGCCAGCUGGACGGCUCUUCCCUGCAGGCCCUGCGCGGCGCCCUGGACGCCUUGUCACGGGAGAUGGACUCGCACAAAGAAGAGGGCCAGUGGGCCCGGGCGGAGAGAGCCCGGAUCCGGAGCCAGCUGCGGACGCUCGAGGGUGUCGUGGGAGUGCUGAGGGCCUUUGCAAACGACACCCGCCGGCAGAUGCGACAGCUGCACAGCUCCUUCGCCGCCCUGCUGGAGGAUGCGCUGCGGCACGAGGCGGUGCUGGCCGCGCUCUUUGGGGAGGAAGUGAUGGAGAAGAUGUCUGAGGAGACGCCUGGCUGGCUGCCCCUGCGUUAUGAGGAGAUCCGCAACGCCCUACAGGACGCGGCCAGCGGGCUGCAGGAGCAGGCGCUUGGCUGGGAUGAGCUCGCUGCCCGGGUGACUGCCUUGGAGCAGGCCAUGGGGGGUCAAGUAGAGCCACCAAGGCUGGCAGAACAUCUGGAGCCCAGCCACGAUGCAGGGCCGGAGGAGGCCGGAGCCGCUGUCCUGGACGAGCUGGAGCAGGAGGUACAGCGCCUGCGCUCUGACGUCAAGCUCCUGGGGCGGUGCUGCGAGGCCCCUUGGGCUUCCUCCAGCAAUGGCUCCCUGGAGGCCCUUCACAGUGGGCUCUUGGCUACCCAGCAAGACCUGGAGCGGCACCAGCGCCUCUUCCACAGCCUCUUUAGGAAUGUCCAAGCGCUGGUGGCAGCCAAUGUCAGUCUAGACCUGGGCAAAGUGCAGGCCUUGCUGAGCAGGAAAGGGAAGAAGCAGCAGAAAGGUCUGGAAGCUUCCAGGAAAAGGGACAAAAAGCAAGCAGAAUCUUUGACAGAUGCCCAGGCCAAAGGGCAGGAGCAAGGUGCCUUGAAUGCAGAGCUCUGGGAGGCAGGCUCCCCUGUGGCCUUCUACGCCAGCUUUUCAGAAGGGACAGCUGCCCCGCAGACGGUGAAGUUCAACAUCACAGCCAUCAACACUGGAGGCAGCUACUUCCCUGAACAUGGCCACUUCCAAGCCCCAAAGCGUGGUGUUUACCUCUUUGCAGUGAGCAUUGGAUUUGGCCCUGGCCCAGGCAUGGGGCAGCUAGUGUUUGGGGGUCAUCAUCGAACCCCAGUCUAUAGCACAGAGCACAGCAAAGAGAGUACAGUCACAACCUUUACUAUGGCUGAGCUGCAAAAGGGUGAAAGGGUGUGGUUUGAAUUGACCCAGGGCUCAGUAACCAAGAAAAGCCCACCCAGCACUGCAUUUGGGGGCUUCCUGAUGUUCAAGACCUGAACUUUAGGCCCCACUCUCAUCAGAUGGCGUGGUCUUGCCUGCUGUCCUUUAGACUGGGGCUCUGCUCAGUGAUGGUUUGGAGAGCACCCCGUUUCAGCUCAUCCCCCAGCUGGGGUGCACUGCCCCCUCAGGACUGGAAUAUGGCUCUCCAGGUGGGGUUUGGACACUGAAGUGAAUGACCUGACUUGACCUCCACGGGCCUGCCC